CACACAGACUGCGGUCCCAGCAGGCCGCUGACGGGAGCUGGUGGCUGGUGGCUGGGACGCUCACCUGGGCCAUGUCUUCCGCGCGGAGCAGCUCCUCCUCCUCUUCCACCUUCCGCUCGGAGCACAUCAGCACCUACAGCCCCACCGGGGCCCAGGCCUGCUUUGAGCCCCGUCUGGACCCUCCUCACGGGCUCUUCACGGCUCCUGGGCGGGCCCGGGAGUCCUACGGGUUCUCAGGCUCACCUCCACCUGGGCAUCCCUCUGCUCUGGGCAGCAGCAACGUGAUUGCCAGCGGGGACAAGUACCAGGUCAUGGCCGAUGUCAGCCAGUUUGACCCGCAAGACAUCGUGGUGACCAGCUACAACUACUGCAUUGUCAUUCAGGCCGAGAAGGUGGCUGAAGACGGCACCAUCUCCAACACCUUCACCCACAAGUGCCAGCUCCCGGAAGACAUGGAUCCCCUGUCCAUCAGCUGUUCCCUGAACAACACUGGCAACUUGAUCAUCACGGCCAAACGGAAGUUCCUGGCUCCACCACCACUCUAUCGCUCGGAGGUCAAGCUCUAACAGCCCCCUCCUGAAUGCGGUAGCCACACGCCUGAAAGUUUCCUUGGUUUUGAUAGAUUUGUUCGGCCACUAGUUUGGUUCUUGAUUUGGUUGGCACCUGUUAUUAUCCUGUUAUUAUCCAUCAUGCACUGAUAAGACUGCAAGCAGUUCCCUGUUGGAUGCAGUGACUGAACAUUACCUGUGAGAUGAGGAUCCCUCUGCACUGGCUGGCCAAGAAGUCCCCACAAUGGGACAUGAAAUUAAAUAUCCACCUGCACACCAACACAAUCUGGUUGCAGAGCACAAAAGCCACAGUGUGUGCAGAAGGAGUCCUUCAGCUUGCUCAUAUGUCUCCGGUCUUCUGCCCUUCUCCCCACCCCCUCCUGCAGCCUGUGCUUCUCAUCAGAACUAUCUCCAUGGUAGAUUCUUCUGGGUUGCCCCCUUUCCAUUUGUCACAGAAUGGACGUGCAAACCGACCUUCCUGGAAAGGAGAAAUGGCAGGGUUUUCCUGGGAAACUGGAUAGAUGAGCUUCCCAAAAUGGCAUAAAUCAGAGCAUACCCUGA